AUGAGCGGCAAGGGUAGUGAGAUCAGUGUAGCGCUGCGGGGGCAGAGCUCUUGGUGUGAGCCUGCCUUUGCGGACCGCUAUGUGGUCCUGCAGAACAUUGGGGCAGGGGGUUUCGCCCAGGUGAAACUUGCCCGCCAUCUCCUCACUGGGACAGAGGUUGCGGUGAAGGUCUUGGCAAAAGUAGCCUCGAACCUCCCCUUCCUGUCUGAACCAGAUCUGAUGGCGGGCUUGGACCACCCGAAUGUGAUCCACCUCUUCCAGGUCAUCGAGACCAAGGACUACAUCUACCUCAUCAUGGAGAACGCAGGUGCGGGCGACCUUUGGGACCUCAUCCCGGGGACUGAUGGCAUGCUGGAGGAGGAGGCCCGCAGACUGUUCCGGCAGAUCGUGUGGGCCGUGCAGUACUGCCACAGGAACGGGAUCGUGCACAUGGACCUGAAGCCGGACAACGUGGUGGUGGAUGCCAGCGGCAAGGCCAAGCUCAUCGACUUUGGCCUGAGCACCAGAUUCACAGCUGGGAAGAAGCUCAAGAGGUUCUGGGGCACUCUCCUCUACGUCGCCCCUGAAAUCGUCCGUCGGAAGGAAUUCGAGGGCCCCCCGGCUGACAUCUGGAGCCUGGGUGUCCUCCUCUUUGCCAUGCUCACAGGGAAAUGCCCCUUUCUGGCAAGCAGCAACAGGAAGGUGAGGAAGCUCAUCAGGCAGGGCACCUACGACAUUCCCCAGCACGUCUCCGAGGGCGCAAAGAGCCUCAUCCGUGACAUACUCACCAUGGACCCCAGGCAGAGGCCCACCAUAGACCAGGUGCUGGGGCACCCGUGGCUGACCCAGGGCGUGGAAGCUUCACCCAGCCCUCGUGGUGAGGCACUCCCCAAACUCCCCGACCCCGAAAUCUUGAGAGCCAUGCUCAGCCUGGGCUUUGACCACUACGACUCCUGGGUGUCUGUGGCGAGUGGCAAGUUCAACGACGCGAUGGCGACCUACCGCAUCCUCCAGAGCCACAGAACCCAGGGGGCGGCCUGCGCACUCCAGGUGAGGCCCGAGCAGCGCCCUGGCCCUGCGGAUCCCUGCCCCAAGAAGUCUCCCACUGAGCCUGCCCUUCCCUCGCCCUGUGAGCGGCAGCAGCCCCGGGAGGCCCAGCGGUCCCAGCGGAAGGCAGCUGGAGGUGCCAGCCUGCCCGCCCUCCCUCUCUGCUUCCUCCACGAGGACACGCCCCCUCCCAGCCUAGCCUCCCAGCGUGACCCUGUGCCCAGCCGCUCCUCCUCCCGAGCUCCCUCCGCGGGCCAACCCCCGGACGGCAGCGGGAGUUGGAAGAGGGUGAAGAGGACGAUCGCCCAUUGCCUCAGGCAGCUCUGCUGCGCACCCUGCUUCUGUGGGCCACCGUCCAGGACGAGAGUGGUUCCGCUGGGCAUGCCCAGCGCAGACUGA